CCCCAUCUUGAGACGACGACCCUUUCAAGGAACAUCUUGAAUGUCGCUCCAAUAGGAGCAACGCAUCGCCGAUAUGAGUCUCAACAAGAAAGACGAGGAUGAGACUGGGAUCCUCAAGGUUGACCGAACAUCGGUCUUCCAGGAAGCCCGAGUCUUCAACACAUCGCCUGUCUCCCCACGAAAAUGUCGGAUCCUCCUGACAAAGAUUUCUCUACUGCUGUUCACCGGAGAGAAGUUCCCGACCAACGAAGCGACCUCCCUUUUCUUCGGCAUUUCAAAGCUCUUCCAAAACAAAGAUGCAGCGCUCCGGCAGAUGGUAUACUUGGUUAUCAAAGAGCUCGCGAAUACGGCAGAGGAUGUUAUAAUGGUCACAAGCAGUAUCAUGAAAGACACGGCAGUUGGAAGCGAUGUGGUUUACAGGGCCAAUGCCAUUCGUGCGUUGUGUCGCAUAAUAGAUGCCUCAACUGUGCAAGCAAUUGAAAGGAACAUCAAGACUGCUAUCGUGGACAAAACCCCUUCAGUAUCUUCCGCCGCACUCGUCUCAUCUUACCAUUUGCUACCCAUUGCUCGGGAUAUUGUGAGAAGGUGGCAGAGCGAGACCCAGGAAGCUGCGUCUUCGACAAAAUCAUCUGGCGGAUUCAGCUUGGGUUUUGGAGGCUCUGGUGGGGCACAGAUGGCUGCCGCCAACACCAACUUCAUGACUCAAUACCACGCCAUUGGACUGCUGUAUCAGAUGCGGAGUCACGAUCGCAUGGCUUUGGUGAAGAUGGUGCAACAAUACAGCGCUCCAGGUGUAGUCAAAUCUGCGGCUGCUCGCGUCAUGUUGGUCCGAUUAGCUGCGAAGUUGGCUGAAGAUGAACCUAGUCUACGAAAGCCGAUGAUGAAGCUUUUGGAUGAGUGGCUCCGUGACAAGAGCGAGAUGGUCAACUUCGAAGCCGCCAAAGCGAUCUGUGAGAUGCAUGACCUGACCGACGCUGAAGUCAGCCAAGCGAUCCACGUCCUUCAACUCUUCCUUACUUCGCCUCGUGCGGUCACCAAAUUCGCUGCUAUCCGCAUCCUCCACCAAUUUGCGUCUUUCAAGCCGGAAGCCGUGCGACAAUGCAAUCCCGACAUUGAGUCGCUCAUCUCCAAUUCCAACCGCUCUAUCGCAACCUUCGCCGUCACUACUCUUCUCAAGACCGGAAACGAGUCGUCCGUGGAUCGCCUCAUGACUCAGAUCAGCACCUUCAUGUCCGACAUUACCGACGAGUUCAAAGUCACAAUUGUCGAGGCGAUCCGGACGCUAUGUAUCAAAUUCCCUUCGAAACAGGCUCGGAUGCUCGCUUUCCUCUCCGGAGUGCUCCGGGACGAAGGCGGCUACGACUUCAAGCGAAGCGUGGUUGAAGCGAUGUUCGACUUGAUCAAAUUUGUGCCCGACAGCAAAGAGGAAGCUCUCGCGCAUCUGUGCGAGUUCAUCGAGGACUGCGAGUUCACCAAGCUUGCCGUGCGCAUUCUUCACCUGCUCGGCAUGGAAGGCCCCAAGACUGCACAGCCCACGAAAUACAUUCGCUACAUCUACAACCGAGUCGUGUUAGAGAAUGCCAUUGUACGAGCGGCUGCUGUGACUGCACUUGCCAAGUUUGGCGUUGGCCAGAAGGACCCCGAAGUGAAGCGUAGCGUCAAUGUUCUUCUUUCGCGCUGCCUUGAUGACACUGAUGACGAAGUUCGCGACCGAGCAGCGUUGAACUUGCGUUUGAUGAAGGAGAAAGACGAUGAAGUUGCUGGCAAAUUCAUCCGGAAUGAUUCAAUGUUUUCUUUGCCUAUUCUCGAAGACCAGCUUGCACACUACGUCAACGGCGGAAGCGCAGAGGCAUUCGCAAACCCAUUCGACUUCUCCAACGUGCCAAUCGUCACCCGCGAGCAAUCUCUUGCAGAGGACCGAACACGCAAGCUCACGACGGCGACUCCUACUCUCAAAGCUCCUUCGCUUGGUCCGAAAAAGGCCGACAAGGCAUCAGCCGCCGAUGCAGCUGCGAAUGCGACCGUCGCGACCCAGAAAUAUGCCCAGCAAUUGCAAGCGAUCCCGGAAUUCUCAUCAUAUGGCCCUGUGCUCAAAAGCAGCGCACCCACCGCUCUCACCGAGACUGGCACCGAGUACGACGUGGCAGCCAUCAAGCACUUGUUCAAGGAGCACAUUGUCGUGCAAUACGAUAUCAAGAACACUCUUUCGGACUAUGUGCUUGCCGACGUAUCCGUCUUGUGCAAUCUUAACCCCGAUGAGGACGGAGAGGAGUCUGCAUUGGAAGAUGACGGCUUCAUCAUCCCUGUCCCCCAACUCAAGGCAGAGGAGACUGGUACUGUUUACGUUUCGUUCUCACGACCGGCCGAACCUUCAUUUGUCGCGGCUUCGUUCACGAACACUCUCAAGUUCACCCUCAAGGAGAUUGAUCCGGCCACAUCAGAACCCGAGGAGGGCGGAUACGAGGAUGACUACCAGUGCGAGGACCUCGAUCUCACUGGCGCAGAUUACGUGGUCCCGGCAUUCGCCGGCAGCUUCGACAACAUCUGGUCCGGUCUUCCCGACAGCGAGGAGGCUUCUGAAACCCUGCAGCUCUCCAACGCGAAGAGCAUUGGCGACGCCGUCGAGAACCUCGUCAAGACAUUGGCAAUGCAGCCUCUGGAAGGCUCCGAGGUUACCCUCUCCGCCAGCACACAUACCCUCAAGCUCUACGGCAAAUCAGUCACGGGUGGCAAGGUGGCCAGCACCAUUCGGAUGGCCUACUCGGCCAAGACUGGCGUCACUGUCAAGAUUACAGCGCGGAGUGAGGAGGAGGGAUUGGCAACAUUGGUGGUUGCCAGCGUGGCGUGAUUUGGAUCUUUGCUUUGAUGGGACGGUGGAUGUAGAAUCACGAAAAAGAAAUCCGUUUAUUCCACUAUCCUUGGCAGCGAUCAUGAGUGAUGGAACACCGAAUUACGACACUGUAACACGCGCGUGUUGAUAUUUCUUUGAUGGGACGUGUUGACAUGCGCGACGUGAUUUGACAGCUCUGUCGAGAGAGCCAUUUCCCGCCGAUUCUUCUUUCAUACAUCGGUGAAUCUUCUCCAACCAUUUCUCCCACCAGUACGUGUAUGAUUUCUGGCAUUGCAUGCGGCCAGGAAUGAAGGAUUUGUCAUAAUGAAAUGUAUAAAAUGUGUAUAAACUGUACGACGGAAUAAAGGGAAGGGAAAUGUUGGUGAUGCACCGCCCAGCUCCUCGGCCCAUCG